AUGCUCAUCUGCGGCUGCCACUGUUUCGCUGCCAGCCUCGCCCUCGCCCUCGCCCUCGCCCUCGUGCUGCGCUGCCUGUGCAAAGCGCCUACACUUGCACUUGCAGUCGGCCGACGCGCCCACACUGAUGACGGCACACGACACCCUUGCAGCCGAUGCAUGCAGGGACGAUGGGCUCCACUCGCCGCCUCACUCACGUCUGCCUCGCAGCCUCUGGCCUGGCCAGUGUUGCAUACGCCGAACGCGCCCGUUCGCUCAACCACGCGCCCGCCAGCUGUGCUUUUCCGUGACAAAUUCACCACUGUCCGAUAUCAACCUUGGCCGCUACCAAGCGUUACACCUGGCCCGGUCGGUGCGCGCGCUGCCAAUACACAUGGUAACACACAGUCCGCCCAUGCGCCCGCGCUUCUCGCUGCGUAG